CGGUCGUCACACCGCAAAAUUGGCAUCCCGGCGCCCAGUCAUCCCCCGGAGGAGAAGACGACUUCGUCGAAGGUCGAAGUCCCGUGGCUUCACCACUCCAACCCUCGCCAUCUCUCGGCCAUCUCGACGUCGAUUCACCUCCUCGCUUCGAACUUAGAGUUCAGGGUGAUCCGGUUUUUGAUUCCGUUUGGAAUUCUUCCGGUUUGUUCGUUCCUCGAAUCUAGGGUUUUACAGGUCUGCAACACCGCCGGAAUCCUCCCCUCGGUCCGUUUUCUCAUGAUACUGGGGCAAGGUUUCGGUCGAAUGGACUAGUUGUGGGCUUUAGCAUGUUUUGUUGCCCGUCUUUGGAUUUCCCAUUGUCGCGAGAAGAUCUCUGCUGAUGGCUUAACUUGGGUGGAUCUUGCGAUCUUGAAGGAUGAACCCAUCGAUUGGUGCUCUUAUUUUGGCUUGAGUUAUGCUUAGAAGUAGAGGGAGAUUGGGCCAGGUGAGAGUCGUUUUACCUGAUGAAGACUGUCGAGCAACUAUACCUGAGUGUAUUAUCUUAUACCCCACCCAUAUGGGCCACGGCCGUUGGUGCUGUUCUACUCGUACUCACCCUCUUCCUCUCCAUGUUCCUUCUGUUCCAACACCUUUCCGCAUACAAAAAUCCAGAGGAGCAGAAGUUUCUAAUUGGUGUGAUCCUAAUGGUCCCUUGCUAUUCCAUUGAAUCGUAUGUAUCACUGGCGAAUCCAUCCAUCAGCGUUGAUUGUGAGAUUUUGCGUGAUUGUUAUGAGGCCUUUGCCAUGUAUUGCUUUGGAAGAUAUCUUGUUGCUUGCUUGGGUGGUGAAGACAGAACAAUUGAACUUUUGAAGAGGCAAGGUGCCUCAAGUUCUAAAACACCCUUGUUAGAGAAUGCUUCUGAGAAGGGAGUAAUAAAGCAUCCAUUUCCGAUGAAUUACAUUUUGAAGCCCUGGAGACUGGGCGAGUGGUUUUACCGGAUUAUCAAGAUUGGAAUUGUUCAAUAUAUGAUAAUAAAGACUGUAACUGCAGUUUUAGCUGUAAGUCUUGAAACUUUGGGAGUAUAUUGUGAUGGAGAGUUUAAAUCGACUUGUGGGUACCCUUACAUGGCUGUGGUUCUCAAUUUCAGUCAGUCAUGGGCGUUGUACUGUUUAGUUCUAUUUUAUACUGCUACAAAGGAUGAACUAGCUCAUAUAAAGCCACUGGCCAAGUUCCUGAUGUUUAAAUCAAUCGUCUUUCUGACAUGGUGGCAAGAUGUGGCAAUUGCACUACUCUACAGUUGGGGUUUGUUCAAAAGUUCUAUAGCUCAAACUUUACAGUCUAAAUCAAGUGUGCAGGACUUCAUUAUUUGUAUAGAGAUGUGUGUUGCGGGCAUUAUCCAUCUCUAUGUGUUCCCUGCCAAGCCAUACAAGUUGAUGGGUGACUGCUUCCCUGGAUGUGUUUCUGUUCUCGGAGACUAUGCAUCUUUGGAGUGCCCUUUAGACCCUGAUGAGGUGAGAGACAGCGAAAGACCCACAAAACUGAGACUCCCCCAGCCUGAUGUUGAUACCAAAACGACAGCUAUUAGAGAAAGCUUUUGUGAUGUUGUUCUCGGAGGUGGAGAAUAUAUCAUAAAUGAUUUGAAGUUUACAGUUAACCAAGCAGUGGAGCCCAUGGAGAAGGGUUUCACACGAUUUAAUCGGAAUCUUCACAAAAUCUCCGAGAACAUAAGAAAGCAUGAAAAGAAGAAGUUGAAAACUAAGGAUGACAGAUCCACUGGGUCGACUUCACCUAGCCCACAAGUUUUUCAUGGAAUUGAUGAUCCGCUACUAUAUGGAAGCAUUAGCGACAGCGGGGCCAAAAGAGGAAGAAGACAACGCCAGAAAUCAGGAUAUACAAGUGCAGAAAGCGGGGGAGAAAGUAGUGAUCAUGGCCAUGGUGGGUAUCAGAUCUAUGGAUUCCGGUGGGUUACUAAGGACUGAGAAAAUCACUUUACAUUAUUGGCAUGAAUGCAUAAAAUUUUUGCCUAAUCUGCAAUGAGUCGGGCAGUUCAUGUCGAAGUGAGUUCUGUUCAUACACCUUGAUUGGCUUUAGGAAAAGAAACAGGGCCUUCUCUCAUCUUGGAUGUCUGAUACUGAUGAUGCAAGCAGUGAGUAUCCACAUGCCACAACAUAUAUCUGUCACAUUUAAUAUCUCUAUCUCACCAUUUGGCAGGGUUAUACUGAUUGGAAUCUUUGUGUAUCAUCGGUAGCCAAAGUACUUGGUUUUUAGAAUAUUUGAUACACAUUGUAGGGGCAUUGGUGUGCCAUUUUUAUUUGGAAAUAAGCCCCAUGAUUGGUGAAAUGUUUUUUUUGUGAGACAUUUAUAAUCUCAUGUUAAUGAGUCAAUAGGCCACCAGUGGAUGACUAA